CAGGGUUGCCAAAUAAUGGCUAUGGAAGAACAAGCACCAAUGUUUUGAUCGUUACAUUGUUCGGGGAUUUUGUUUAAAACAAUUUUAAAUGGAACUUAAACUGGAUAUGCUAACCGUGUGCCGGACUUGCCUGCAGGACGGUGACGCCCAAAUGAUAUCCAUUUACGAGGUAGAUGAGGAAAAAAAUAAAGAUGGGCUCUCUCUCUCCGAGAAAAUAGAGGAUUUUACGGGAAUUCAAAUAAGUCGCAAAGAAGAUCUUCCCACUAGAAUUUGUCUGAAAUGCAAAGCCUUUCUAACUCUAGCUCACAAAUUCCGGCAAAUUUGUCACAGAUCUAAUGAAUUCCUCAGGGAAUACGUGGUCAAGGAUUCGUGCAUUGGUGCGGCGAAGGAGAAAGCCCAAGAAACCGAACAGUAUGAACAGCUAGAGGUCGAAGUACUUGAAGAGGAAAUUUGGGGCACUGAGGAAACAGCUCCGCCUCCUUCUUCCGCUCCAGAUGACUCUGUUGUUCCGCCAUCGCAAUUCCCAGAUGCUAAGGAUAACCCUGUUGUUUUGGCCGUAGAAACGGUACCGGCUCCGACAACAGGAAAGCUAUAUGUCUGUGAUAUAUGCAAAAAUGGAUACCCCAGGAAGAGUACCUUGGCCACGCACAUGCGGAGGCACAACAACGAUCGACCCUACGAAUGCGAGAUUUGCCACAAACGCUUUCAUGUUAACUAUCAACUGAUGCGCCACAUCCGCCAGCACACUGGGGCAAAGCCUUAUACCUGCGAAUACUGCAAUCGGAGUUUUGCAGAUCGGACUUCUUUGGUCAAGCACGAAAGGACCCACCGGAAUGAACGUCCUUAUGCCUGCGAUACCUGCGGUAAAACGUUUACCUAUGCCAACGUCCUGAAAGUUCAUUAUAAAACGCACACAACCGAAAAGCCGUACACGUGCAGGCUAUGUGAAAAGAGUUUCGCGCGGAACCACAACUUGGUGGCCCACUUGCAGACCCAACAGCAUCUGAACGACCCCCGAACUCCUGCGUAUUUGAACACUCUUAAGCUUGGAAAUAUUAGUUAAGUUUUAAAAACGAAUAAAUAAUUAUAAACUAUUA